AUGAACGGUAUAGUACAUCCCUGUACGCAUCCGGAGGGCAGACCCCCUCCUGAAACUGAAGAUGAAAUGAUGCUUGAGGUCUUCAAAUAUACAGACCGUGUGGUCUCUAUGGCCAGACCAAGAAAGAUUCUUAUGAUUGCUGUAGAUGGAGUCGCACCUAGAGCAAAGAUGAACCAGCAAAGAUCGCGUCGGUUUAGGUCUGCUCAAGAUGCUCGUAUUCUCGCUGAGGAAAAGCAACGUGCUAUUGCCGAGGCUGAAGCCAGAGGUGAAAUUAUAGACGAGGCCAUUAAGGGUAAAAAAGCUUGGGACACCAAUGUUAUUACACCGGGUACUCCAUUUAUGGAUAUACUGGCGAAAUCUUUGAGGUACUGGGUUGCUUACAAACUCAAUAAUGACCCUGGUUGGAAGGAUGUAAAAGUGAUUAUUUCCGAUGCAUCAGUCCCUGGCGAAGGUGAGCACAAGAUCAUGGAAUUUAUUAGAAGUCAGAGAAGCGAUCCCGCACACGAUCCUAACACGAGCCACUGUAUUUAUGGUCUGGAUGCUGAUUUAAUCUUUUUAGGACUCGCUACUCACGAGCCUCAUUUUAAGAUUUUGCGUGAAGAUGUAUUUGCACAAGACAGCAAUAAACGUAGAAAGAAUAAUAAUGCAUUCGCAUUGACGGAAGAAGAAAAAAGGAGAGAGGAAGACGAAGAAGCGGUGGAAAAAGCAAAGCCAAAACCUUUUAUCUGGUUACAUGUCGAUAUAUUGCGCCAGUACCUGGAAAUCGAACUAGAUGUGCCUAGACUACCUUUUGUCUUUGAUAUUGAACGAGCAAUUGACGAUUGGGUAUUUAUGUGUUUUUUUGUUGGUAACGAUUUCCUGCCUCACAUGCCUUCUUUAGAUGUACGCGAUAACGGUAUUGAUAUUUUGAUUGGCAUUUGGAGACGGUCUCUGCCAGCUAUGAAGGGAUAUAUGACAUGCGACGGACAAGUUGAUCUUUCUCGUGUUCAGAUAAUGAUGAGAGCUCUUGGUCAACAAGAAGAUGGCAUUUUCAGAAAGAAGCGGGAAGGCGAGGUUAGAAGAUUGCGUAACGAAAAGAAGCGUAGAAUUGAAAAUGAUCAGAGAAGGGCAUAUAUGAAUCAGAUGUCAGCACCACCACCUGUGGCAUUAAGUAAAAAUAGGGGAGAGCGAGCACCAAUUGCGCCGCUAGAUAGCAUGCCUCUAUAUAGUACAUCUGGUGAGAGCGUUGGCAAAACACAUAUGUCAAACAGUGAUAUAGUAGCCAAUCGAAAUGCGCUGAAUUUGGCUAAUAUGGCCAACAAAACGGCUGCACAAGAACUCAAAGCGAAACUUUUAUUAGACGGAAUAGAUUCUGGAGAACUUGAGAAGUCAAAAGCAGAACAUAUAGGAGAUGAGGAAGACGCUGGCAAUAAAGGAGAGGUUGAUAAAGAAGAAGGAGACGAGGAAGAUGUUGAAACUCAAACUCCUAAUGAAGAAGAUGUUGUGGUUGCUGGUCAAAAACGUAAAGCUACCUCACAAUUGCAGAAGCCGACCACAUCCGGUUCUGGACAAGGUGAAGACGAAUUUGAUGAGCCUGAAGACAAUAUCAAGCUGUGGGAGCCGGGUUACAGAAACCGAUACUAUUCCAACAAGUUCCAUGUGUCCGAAAAUGAUACAGAGUUCCGUAAGGGUGUUGUCAAAAAGUAUAUUGAGGGAAUUUGUUGGACACUACUAUAUUAUUAUCAGGGAUGUCCUUCGUGGAACUGGUAUUUUCCUUACCACUAUGCUCCUUUUGCCCAAGAUUUAGUAGAUCUAGCAGAGAUUGAAAUAAAAUUCGAGCUAGGGGAACCUUUUGCACCAUUUGAACAAUUAAUGAGUGUGCUACCGGCAGAUAGCUCACACACUCUUCCAGACAUUUUUCAUCCUUUAAUGAGCGAUCCUAAAUCGAGCAUUAUAGACUUUUAUCCGGUGGAUUUCCCAAUUGACAUGAAUGGCAAAAAGAUGGCUUGGCAAGGAGUGGCCCUGUUACCGUUUAUUGACGAGAAAAGACUCUUGACAGAAGUACAGGCACUAUACCCCCACUUAACUGACCAUGAAAGAUAUAGGAAUGGAAGACGCCAGGAGGUACUAUUGAUUUCCAGCGCGAAUAAGCUAUACAAAGAUGUCAAAGAUAGGUUAUAUGGAGAAUCGAAAACAUCAUGUGUUGAAUUCAGAUCAGACAAGGGAAAUGGAUUAGCUGGCCUCGUUCGCCGAGCUCCGGGUAUCCAACCAGAUCGGCCACUUGCUUUCCCUCUAAACACUGGUGAUAUGCCUAGUUUUGAUCCCGAUAUGUCUCUAGUUAUGGAGUACUCGAUGCCUGAGUUGGCUCAUUACAAUAAAAGUAUGCUUUUGACGGGAGUCAAGCUCAUUGAUCCAGUUCUUACCUACGAAGAUAAGGAAACUAUAAGAAACGGUCCAAAGAAAAAUAUGUUUCAUGGAAGAAAUAACAGAAACGUGGAAUACAAUACAGUAAAACCACAUCCAGUUUCCACUGGUAUUCAAAGAAGUGGCGGUUAUAAGUAUUUCGUUUCCAAUGGCACAUCAGAUCAGCGAGACCAACAUGGCUAUGGGUCAGGUUCUAGAAAUGGAUACGGUCAAGGUGGAUAUAAUAGCAGUAGCUAUAAUGGAGGAGGUUAUGGGGCGCAUGGUGGAUAUGGUCGAGGGGGAUAUAACCAAGGUGUCUAUGGCCACGAUAGAUAUAGCCAGGGAGGAUAUGGACAAGGUGGAUACGGAAAUAACGGUUAUAAUAAUGGCGGAUAUGGCCAAUCAGGUUACGGCCAAACUGGAAAUUCGCAAAGCGGGUAUGGAUCAGGAUACGGAUACGGAUACGGAUAUGACAGAGCUGCCAGUCAAGGGGGCAGUGGUGGCUACGGUUAUGGUAGAGAUAAUAAUCGAAAUGGUUACAACGACAAUAGAUAUGGCUACAAUCAGGGCCGUAGCCAACCUCAUGGCAGAUAUUAA